AUGGUUUCGUCGAGAACAGUUAAGGAAAUUGGUGUUUUUGGUGCACUCAUUGUUGCGAUGCAUUUUGCGUACUACAAAAUCCAGAUGAACGAGUCGUUGGUGGCGAAAGAUCAACGCCAAGAGUUGUUCUAUAUGCGUUGGUUGAAGAAGAAGAUUCCCGCACUGAAAGGAAUUGGCAUACCGGAAGAGGACGAUCACCACAAAGACCGUUGA